CGCAGAGUUUCCUGGCUGUCACGGUCCUCCGGAGCUCAGAUGACUUCAGCCACGGGCUUUUCAUUAAAGCCACUUCCAUCAGCUGCGGCUCGCGCUUACCUGUUCACGAGGAACUUGUUUCUGCACAACUUCUCACUUUUCAGUCUGAGUUUCGAUGGUGUAGAAAAAGGAAAUCACUACGUAGAAAAGUCUAAAAACCAUUUUCUGCUCAGUAAUGCAAAUUUGGUUCCUGAGCCCUCCUUCCUCUUUCCGGAUUAUUUUCACAUCUCCGCGUCGACCUCAUCUUGGAGAGCCUGUCCAUGUUCUACGUCUCUCUCUUUCCUUCAUCCCUUCUGAUAAUGUGAGGAAUUAAAUUUCGACCAGAUAUGGCGCAAAGCUGACGCUGGCAGCGGCUGUGCGUUAAAAGUGGAGCAGGCGGGAACAUAAAUGUCUCUUCUGAUAUUUCCUCGGACAUGGGACGAGUUGAUGAGACGUUUUGAAAGGCGCUCCGUGAACCAGAACCAGAGUCUGGAUCCAGGUCCAGCAAGAUUAUAUAAAUGUCAUAAUUCACCACGUGCGUGUGGUGUUCAUGAUAAAUGAUACCUGCCGUCCACGUUCUGUUUCCGGAAAGGCCUUGCUCAUUUCAGCCACUUUCAAACAUGCACUGUUUUCUGAAAACUACUGUAAACCAUUAGUCUUGCUGGAUUAAACGUGACACUUCUCUUCACACAUGAGAUGGAACCUUAAAGGCUGCAUCAGUCUGUUAAGUGAAGUUAUUUUAGCCAGAAUGAAUGUGAAAUGUUCCCCAUUGAGACUAAGAAAGAAGUUGUUUCCAUCACUGCUGUCGCUGCUGACGUUGAGUGUCCUGCUGCUGGUGAGCAUCAAGUACAACCAGACCCCAGAGUCUGCAGUGCUGUCGGCCCGUCAGCCAAUUUACAGGCAUGAUGUCAACUGUGCAGCUAUCUAUUCCAUGGACCCCGUGGAGGUGGGUAAAUCCCUCAAUAUCAGAAGGACAAAGACGGAGGAGAACAAAGACGAAAGUCUGAUCAGCCUCACAGGAAACUGCUCCUCAUUCAUCAAGAUCAGAGGUUAUGAUAAAGUGUGUGUUUCUGACGAGGAGCGUGUGUUUCCUCUUGCAUAUUCUUUGGUUGUCCAUAAAUAUGCCUGGAUGGUAGAGAGACUCAUCAGAGCUGCAUACUCACCCAAUAACAUCUACUGCGUCCACUAUGAUCAGAAGUCUUCGGCUCAGUUCAUGGCAGCCAUGGAGGGUUUGGCCCGUUGCUUGCCCAACGUCUUCAUCGCCAGCAAGCGAGAGUCCGUCUUCUAUGCAAGCAUCAGCCGGCUGAAAGCUGAUCUCAACUGUCUGUCUGACCUGAUGGGGUCGAAGGUCAGAUGGAAGUAUGUCAUCAACCUGUGUGGCCAGGACUUCCCCCUCAAGUCCAACAUUGAGCUGGUGUCAGAACUGAAGAGGUUAAACGGCUCCAACAUGUUGGAGACGAGCCGACCGUCGGAGCUGAAGAAGCAGAGAUUCUCCUUCCACUACGAGCUAAAAGACGCCAGCUUCGAGUAUCAGAAACUUCCGGUGAAAACGGAGAAGCAGAAGGCGCCGCCACCACAUGGUAUAGAGAUGUUCAUCGGGAAUGCAUACUUCGUGUUGUCAAGGGAGUUUGUUGCACACUUGUACUCGUCGCCAGUGAUGAAGGAUUUCAUAGACUGGUCGGAGGACACCUACUCUCCAGAUGAACACUUCUGGGCCACACUGGUGCGACUGCCCGGUGUUCCCGGAGAGGUGCCCAGAUCCCAGGCUGAUAUCACAGACCUGAUGAGUAAGACCAGGCUGGUGAAGUGGCAUUACCUGGAGGAGAGCCUUUACCCCCCGUGCACAGGGGAGCACGUCCGUAGCGUUUGUAUUUUUGGUGCAGCUGAGAUGAAUUGGUUACUCAACUUCGGCCACUGGUUUGCCAACAAGUUUGAUCCCAAAGUGGAUCCAGUUCUGAUUCAGUGCCUUGAGGAGAACCUGGAGGAGAAGCGGAUUUUAUUCCAAUCAAGAACUUCCCUGACUUGUGUUUAGGGUUAGCUGGAAGCUACAGCAUGCUGUAAGGAAGUCGACUAAAUAAGAUGAGUUGGAUUCAUUUCCAGUGAAAUGUGCUGUUUUAUCUUAUGUCUCAGCAAGAUGGUUGUUUCUGAGUUUUGAACAGUUUGUUGAACAAACCAAAACGUUAAAGGCGCUCUGUCAUCGUGACUCUCAAAAUGUUGUGAUUAAUCAGCUGUUUACAGUCAGAACUGGAAAUAAAUACACUAUUAUUCCUGAAUUAUUGUUCCUAUUUGGAUGUCCACUGGAGCUGUGUGUUUUUCUUUUUUUCUGUGUGUUUCCAUUCGGACAGCUUCUUCUUCUACUGAACUACAACCACUUAGCCAUGUAGCCUGUUGGUCAAUGCCCAGUUUACUCACCUCACACCAGUUAACGGGAACGUGUUCAAUACCUUGAUUUAAAGAGAAAUGUAACUUUACAGUUUUCUGGCACCUCUGGAGCAAAACAUUUUGAUAAUUAAUCAAUAAGAUAGUUGCCAGAUGAAUUAACAUGAGCAUGAUCACUACUUUGAAGGCUCGGCUCACCCAUGAUGAAGGCAUGUUGCACUGCUCCACAUCUGUGGGAUGGCUAAAGGAGUAAUCGGUCAUUAAUCAGUCUUUAGUCUUUGUUAGCCUGUUAAUGCAUGCAGUACAGCGGAGAAAUGCCGAGGAUGAGAAAGUUUAACAGAAAACAAGACAUUUUGAAGAGCAUAGAGCUGCGUUAUCUACCCAAGCUUUAAUAAGGUUACAGUGGAAAACGUUGCUCCCAUCAGACUUGAAGAUUUCUGUUUCCCAGAUUUUUGUUCUCCAAACAAAUUAAACAUAAUUAUAAGAUCUGUAUAAAUGUUAUCUCAAGAUGAUUAUGAAACUUCAUAGAAACAUUUUUUAUUGGUAACUUGUUCAGAAAUUGAGUUAAAGGAAGUAUUCCAAUUUAAUAAUUUAAUAGAAAAGGUAAAAAUUAGACUUGGAUUUUUUAUUACCAUUAAUGAUGGCUGUGAAUGAGCUGCAUGGUUCAACAAAAUUGGUCAAAAUUCUUAAAAUGAAAGUUUUGGAGGAUGGAGGGCUGACUCCAAGAGAAGAUUCAAUGCAGUCCACUAGUUUCCUUAGCUAUGUGUUUAUUGAUUAUUAGAAAUUGAACUAUUGUGAAUCAUGUAAUGGAUGUUUCAGCUGGAUUAUAAUUGGACUAAAUCUGUAAAGGUGCUUUGAGGGGACUUUGUUGUAAAUUGGUGCCACACUAAUAAAGCUGAAUUGAAUUGAAUGUCAGGAAGUCUGAAACCUUUUUUGCAUAUGCAAAAAUGGAGGAAAAAGGAAGUGGAGGAUGAGCUGAAAGGGAGAGAUGGAGGAAACACAGGGACGGUUGUCCCAGCCGGGCGAUUCUCCGAAAUCAGUUCACUUUGUGUCCCACAGAUUUACCUCAAAGUUUUUCAUAUAAAGUAAACCAUAAAAUGCAUUUUAAAACAGGAAAUGGAAGGAUCCAUGUGUCUUUGUGUUAUAG